AUGUCAAUCCUCGUGCGGCCUCCCAAACGCCGGCUCGACGAUAUUGACGGCCUUCCAGCUCAGACCCACCGCCGUCUUACACGAGGUUUCAAUGGACCAGGCUACGCGACAGGGGGGAAUCAGUACGCAGGAGGCGAAUAUGGACGCUUCGAAGAGCCUCUGGACACAUCUGGAGAUGGAUCCAGGUUUGCAUCGCCGUUUCGGGACUUAAACUCCAGUCGCGCGUCGCCCACCCGCUUCGAAGACUCGCUUCACCCCCCGAGGAAAUUCCGCCAGAAUGCGUCAAUUGUGCUGAUAGGCAUACGCGGUACAGGAAAGUCGAGUCUUGCUGUCAUGCUCACGGCCACCUACGGGAGACGGUUGAUUGAGGCAGAUCGAUACUUUCAACAGGUGACGGGGCGCUCCCGCUCCGCUUAUAAACGAGAGUACAGUCCUUCGGAAUACCGUCGACAGGAAGCCGCGGUCAUGGAAUCUAUGCUUAUGGAAAAUCAAGAGGAUUGCGUUAUUGUCUGUGGCUCGGGCGACGUUGAGCGCAACGGACAGAUCCUGCUCCGGGAAUACGCCAAAACCCACCCCGUCAUCCAUAUAGUUCGAGACCUGGGAAGCAUCAAAUCGUAUUUGAGGACAACGGAUACAGAGAAGGUUCGCCGAUUCCUUGAGCUGUCUGGUCCGAUAUAUCGAGCCUGUUCGAACUUCGAAUUCUUCAACGUCUCGGAAAAAGGCAUUGGAGAACAGCCGUUAAGCAAGGACAGUCAGCACUACACUCAGUGGGAUGCCGAGGUGGACCAGCGAGCUCAAACUUCGACCCCAUUCCUAAUGCUCAAGCGGCUACAGCGCGAUUUCUUACGCUUCGUGGCGUUCGCGGCAGGCAAUAUCCCCGAAUUGAGGAACCAACUCUCACCCUUCCCUCUUCAUAUGCAGCCCAUCGAGUCCCGCAAAUACACAUAUGCCGCGACUGUCCCGAUAUCCUCUCUCCUCGAACGUGACCUUGAUAUCGAAGAGUUGGAAUCUACCGCGGAUGCCUUUGAGCUUAGGAUUGACAUUUCCGCAACACCCUCGAGUCAGCUGGGCACCGAGUCGAAUUUGGCGGACGGGAUCAGUCAAGUUGCGGCAACAGUACGCCGCAAUAUCAUUGUACCUUUGAUAUAUCAUGUCGAAGGUACUGUAGCUUCAGUCAACCAACAUAAUGAGUUCGUGCGGCGCUCAGAAGCUUCGUACCUAGAACUAGUACAGCACGGUUUACGCUUGGGGCCAGAGUUCGUGACCGCCGACUUGUCAUUUGAAGAUAACAUCUUGUCUCAGAUUAUCGCUACAAAGGGCUCUAGUAAAGUCAUUGGUCAUUAUUCAGCCAGUCAGCCAUUUCCUAAAGGUUGGGAGGACCCUGAGUACUUAUCAAUCUAUGAAAGGGCGAAGAGACUGGGAUGUGAUAUGGUUCGCUUAACACAGCCAGCAGCCUCGAUUGAUGACAACUUUGCCGUCGGGCGCUUUCGCCAUCAUAUAAAAACUCUCUCCGGACCACAAUUACCUAUCAUCGCUUAUAAUACCGGUCCUCUAGGCCGGCAAUCUUGCUGUUUCAACCCGAUUUUGACCCCUGUUAUCCCUCGGCCACUCAUUUCUGAAGCUGCGGCGAAAAGGUUGCCGUCUCUCACUAUAAAUGAAGCCCAAGACGCUCUCUACGCCUCAUUUGUCCUGGACCCAAUGCAAUUCUUUGUUUUUGGUGCCAACACUACCUACAGUCUGUCACCAGCAAUGCACAACGCGGCCUUUAAGAUGCGUGGAAUGCCACAUACAUAUCGUAUUCAUCAAUCAGCCACUUUGCGCGGCCUUAAUGACCUCGUGGAGAAUCCGAACUUUGGCGGCUCGAGUGUCAGUUUGCCAUACAAGACAGAAGUCAUUCCACUUCUCCAUUCGAUGUCGCCACAUGCCCGUGCGAUCGGAGCUGUCAAUACGUUGAUCCCUAUUCGAGACAUGGAAAAUAGCACAGAUAAUGCUCUGGAUAUGGAGAAGAGUCGGUCAGGGCCGAUAAAGGGCUUGCACGGAGAUAACACGGACUGGAUCGGCAUUUGCAACUGUAUCCGACGUGGUCUGUCUCCCGCAAAUGCCAUUCGCCCCUCAACAACGGGACUGAUCAUUGGAGCCGGUGGUAUGGCGCGUGCUGGUAUAUACUCUAUGAUACAUCUGGGAGUGCAGAACAUCUUCAUCUGGAACCGUACGCUUGCCAACUCCAAAAGGCUAGCCGAACACUAUAUGCGCCUGAAUUUCAAGGCCCUCGGCAAGAGCGGACCAUCUACCAACUAUCAGAUACAUGUUCUGGAGUCGCUGCAGGACAGUUGGCCGGCCGACUACAAACAGCCUACUAUAGUCUGCUCGGGAAUACCGGCACACCGGAUAGGAGACCAACCAGCGCCAAACUUUCAACUCCCAUCGCAAUGGAUUGAGAGUCCUACAGGUGGAGUGGUUGUGGACCUCGCCUACAAACCUCUCAACACUCCUCUUAUGCGCCAGAUCCGGUCCCUAUCUCAUCGUGGCUGGGUUGCCCUCGAUGGUCUAGACGUUUUACCCGAGCAAGGAUUCGCGCAAUUCGAGCUCUUCACCGGCUGUCGCGCUCCCCGGCGCCUCAUGCGGACAAUCGUCUUGCAGGAAUACAAGGAGGAAGAGCAGGAAGAGGAUUACGAUCAGAACGCUAUGCAGACUCGACUUGAGAAUCUCGAUGGACAACCGAUGUGA